UUGUAAAUAUUUUUUUUAAUUAUCUUGUUUUUAUUGUUUAGUUUAUUUUUGCAGCUUCUUGUUUUGUGUCUGUGUUUUCAUUUUGCUUAAAAAAAUAUAAUAUUUCUCACUUAAAGAGUUGAGAUCUUUUAAAGAUGUCAUCUGCCGCAACAAAGCCCCAAGUAAUCUCAGCUCCUCGUAUACCAAACAGUGGCUUCAUCUAUGAUCUUCCAUUGACGAUCACCCAGCAGCUGUGUCAGCAUUUAGAUAGUUUGGGAAUAUGGGUGCAAGUGGCGCAAAGGAUGCGUUUUAGUGAGGAAGACAUACAAAGUAUCAACCGAAGGAUAAAGGCAACGGGAGAAUCACCAAUCAAUGAGCUACUCAACAUUUGGGGUGGUAAAUACAACCACAAAAUACUCGAACUAUAUAUGGUAUUACAGAAACUGAAAGCAUACCAGGGUAUGAGAAUUCUCAAGGAUUAUGUACCACGAGAAUAUCACAUACUAAUUCCCGAAAGUGGACCCGCACUGAGUCAAAUUUUACCCUCGGAACGGACAGAUAGACCGCCACGCAACAACAUUGGCGGUUUAACGCCAGCCGCCAGUGUUACAUCAGAAUCCCGCUCCACGAUUGUGUCUUCUGAUAAUAAUACCAGCUCCAAUAAUAACUCGUGGAGAAGCCGCUCACAUCUUCAGCCUAAUAAUGGAUAUCAGGCCAAACCGCAAACACCAAGAGUUGAAAAAGAAAUUAACCGUCAUCAUGAGGCAGGACUACCGGAAAUCGAUUAUCACGAACUAACCGUUGGCACAAACAAUUGGGAUGAACGUUAUCGUCUGGGUAAAGGUGGCUUUGGCAUCGUCUAUAAGGGUGUUUGGAAGCUGACCGAUGUUGCCAUUAAGCUAAUGACCUAUAAGGAUUCGGAUGGACAGGAACAGGCUAAAAUUCAACUGCAACAAAGUCGCAACGAGCUGAAUUGUUUAUAUCGUUAUCGUCAUGACAAUAUUUUACCCAUAUAUGGUUAUUGUAUUACGGGUGAAAAGCCAUGUCUGGUUUAUCAGCUAAUGAAGGGUGGGGCAUUGUAUGACCGUUUGAACAGCAACAAACGUCCACCGCUGACAAUGCAGCAGAGGAUUGAUAUUAGUGCUGGGACAGCAAGGGGCAUACUUUUCUUGCACACCCUAUUACCGAAUAUCUCGCUGAUACACUGUGACAUUAAACCUGGCAAUAUUCUAUUGGAUCAAUGUCUACAGCCGAAAAUUGGCGACUUCGGGCUGGCUCGUGAAGGUCCACAGGAUAAUUCCUAUAUUGAGGUGGCGCACGUCUACGGUACCCGAGGAUAUUUACCACCCGAAUUUGCUGAUUUACGGCGGCUGAGCAAACACGUUGAUACGUAUAGUUUUGGCGUGGUUCUACUCGAAAUGUUCACGGGACUGCCAUCGGUGGUGGACAAUAAGAAUUUCUUAAGAGAUUAUAUUAAAGUUCUGCUGCAAAGCAAAACCAUUGAAGAUUUAAUUGAUAAACGUAUCAAAUUGAAACCCGAGGAACGAUCAUUGUGUAAGAUGGGAAUCGAGUUGGGCUUGGAGUGUAUACGAGAUGAUCCAUUGAAACGGCCGAAUAUGGAGGAUUUAGUUAAGAUAUUUAAUCGUUAUGCUACAGUUGAUUGAGUUUUGAUAUUUUUUUUGGGGGGGGAGGGGGGUACAAUUUUGUAACAUAUUAAUCUAUACAUUCCAAUCAAUCUUCUUUUGUUUAAUUGCUAUAAAUAUUGGACAUCAAUUUAAUUCUAAAAUUGUAUAUAAAACACAAAAUGACAUUGUGAAAAAAAAGCUAAAUAUCCUUAAAAUCUUGUUUAAAACAAGUUUGUUUAUGUGCCUCUACAAUCCAAUACUAGUUUAUAUUUUUUACGUUUUUAUA